CGUCAUGGUUCUCGACUUCAUCACGUCACUUGGCAAACCUUCAGAGACUCAUGAAAAAUGACCGGGGACGUGUAUGUACUGUUCACAACGUCGACUAACAUGGCGAAUCGCCCUCUCCUGAACAAUAUCAUCGAAACAAUUACUCUCUGAGGCACCUUCUUUCCCCUGUUCUUAUUCAUACUCGAUCAUCGCCGCUACUGUACAAUAUCAAAUCGAGACGCCAUACUUACUUCCUGCUACCAAGCCAAUUGAAGCAACAUCGAGCAAUCUUCAACUUCCAAAUCUUCGGGUCACAGUGAAUGGUAGUCGCACGGCACCAUGGCUCUCACAAGGUCGAUCGACCCCUUGGUGUGGCUCGAUUGUGAGAUGACCGGCCUUGACCCUCGCACUGAUACUAUUCUAUCAAUCUCCGUCCUCCUCACGAAUUCGACCCUGGUCCCCAUCGAACCGGAGGGGCUCACCUUGUAUAUUUAUCACACCCCAGAGCAACUAUCACAUAUGUCACCCUGGUGCGUGUCCACACACACCUCGUCUGGCCUGACUCGACUUGUUAGCGACCCUAAUAGCUCCACGAGCGCCGCAGUUGCAUCCCGCGCCAUCCUCGACUACAUCACUUAUCACAUACCUGAGCCGCGCACAGCGCUACUUGCAGGCAACUCCAUACACGCGGACAAAGCAUUUUUGAUGAUACCACCCUGGAAUUGUAUUCUUGAACACCUCCAUUAUCGAUUGUUUGACGUGAGUGCCAUGAAGGAGAUGGUCCGACGAUGGGCUUCCGAUGAAGUUCUAGCACAGAUGCCGCCCAAGAAACUCGCACACCAAGCUCGAGAGGAUGUACUGGAGAGUAUUGAUGAAGCUAGGUUCUAUAUGCGUUUGCUUUCUGGGCUUGGAUCCAGUACGACGGGUGAGAACAGCGCUAACGUCGGGGCCAAUGGCAAUGAGUUCGACACAGCGAAAACCAAAACGAAGGUAGCUCAUGACCAGUCGAACGCCAAUAGCCAUUCUCAGAAUUCUACAGCACCACCCUCUUUAGACUCCCACGGUUCAAUCAUCCAAGCAUCUCCAUUAUCCCAAAAGUCCGCUACCGUGGUCAAGACGUCACAUACAAUUCAGGCCUUGAAUCAGAUGCCCGCACAUCAGACCGUCUUGCCAGCAGCAUCUUCGACUCGCGCGCCAAUUCCCGCACUUUUCACACCUGACGCUCCUCGGCCUGCUCCGCCACCCUACCUACUACCAGAUGGAGGAACGACCGGCGACGUGGCUAUGGCGGCUUAUGGACGGCAUGGCGAGAUCGAGGCCGAAAUUGAGAAGGACAGAUUUCGUACCGACGUACCAUAGAUGUUGCGAGGUCGAUACCUGAACAUACGUAUACGCACACAUCUUCGUACUCUGUUAGACAUACGUGUAAUCAAGUAUGAGACAGGAAUUCAUGGUGUUGGUGAUUAUUCAAUUAAACAGCUUUCUAGCCUACCAGGUUGGAAACUAAUGUUGGAC